CCCAACCUGCCAAGUUAAUGUUGUUUAUGGGAAACAUGUGGAGUGAGAUAUUCACUUCCGAAGGUGUGAUCAACAAAGCUGUCCAGUUAGUCACCAGAAAGCGUGCCAGAGGACAAGUGCUGAAAUGCCUGAAGGCUGUUCUGAAGUGGGAAGAGAGUCAGCCAGUGGAUGUUGGCAUGAUGAUCUCCAGCUUGCUCAUGGCAAUCCAGCUGUGUCCACAAAUGGAAUUUCGGGCGAGUGAUCAACAUGGAGAAGACCUGCAGGAGAGCAUGUGGGAAUAUGUGUUUGCAAUCGAUCUGCUGUGCUCCCAUCAAAAGUGGGUUUGGACCCACGAUCAUAUCAUAAGUAAGGAGCUCUGGCCUAUCAUGGAUAAGUGGAUAAAGAGCAGGCAGGGCGGUGGAAACGCUUCCUCCCCUUCUGAUGUAAUCGUAGCAACGGUGCUCCGGCUGAUUGGUCGCCUCAGCCAAAUCGGACUGAAAGAAGGCUUUUCUCCUGCUGUAAAAAAUAUCAGUUCGGUUAUCGGAGCUUUUUUGCAACAUGCCAAAGAGAAAGGUGUGCCCUGGGGUGUCCAGUUGGCAGCGGCGUACGCACUCUGUGAGUUGGGCACGAGCAGUCCGUCGGAAAUAUUAGAUGCCAUCAGAGCUUGGGAAGCAGCGAGCGGAAACAGCCUUCCUCCAGCCAUCUCCAGCGGCAUAACCGAAGUUAGGGGCCUACUAGAGCAAUAGGCUGAUCAUUGGCAUCCUUUGCAUCUUUUCCUCCCCCCCCACAGAGGAGAGCUGGUCAGAAAGAAACUUGCUUGCAGCGGCAUAAAGCAGUACAGGAACAAAAGCUCUCCGCCCCUCUUCUCGGAGGCCAGAAAGAAGCAAGAGAUGUUCAUUCAUUGCUCUGAAGCCAAAACAGCAAUUGAGCAGCGCUGUGUCUUCUAGCAAGAAAAAAAGAGAGGCAUGGUCCUAUGAACACGAUUUGAACCAGGGGGAAAAACAUUGCUCAACUAUGCAAAUAAGAACUGCCUUGUCAAUGGUCUUCCAGGGUUGGAUCCAGUGCAAGGAUCGCCCCCCCCCCCCGGCAUCCAUUUCCAACCAAGGUAAAGUUUAUUCCUUGGGUCACAGGACCUGCAGCGUGUAAUAGCUACUUGGGCAGGUAAUCUGCAGAAAGUCACUCCCAUUUUUUCCCCUCUUCCGUCAAGAAGGGUGAUGUCACCCCCCCUUCCUCCUCCCCACUGCAGCCUCCCAACCCACGUGGCAGCGGAGGGAGGAGAGGAAGUAGGGAAGAUCCACAACCAUCGCCGCCGUCCACUCUGCAAUUGCCGGAUCGAGCCCUAUGAAUUCCGGGCUCCUGAGAUGAAUUGGUCUCGUGGUGACCCUGCCAAACGCUCUCCAAAUGAAACUUGCACCAAGCGUGCUGUCAAACCUUGACUUCCUGUUUUUUAAACGCGUCCAUCUUGCCUGCUCGUUCACCAUCUAUGUUGAAAUACGCGCUGGUUUCCUCAGAGAGAUCUAGGCGGGUUGGCGGAGGGGCUGCUGCUUGGAAUACAUACUCAUCCCGAUCUCGCCUGUGGGAAGCCAGUUUUAUAGGGGUUUUUUGCAUCAAAGGAAACCUCCUUGACCUGAAAUAACAUUACGGCGGAAAACAUUUGCACGCCAGGGGAAGUGACGCGCCCCUCGGACUGCUUUCGCCUUCCUCAAACCGUUUUCUGUCGAGGGCCUAAAAUUAUUAAUGUGUGCCUCUAUAACCUCAAGCAGAAAGCACACAAUCUUGACCAAAUCAUGUCCGUCUUGAUUUAGUCUCCUAGCCCACUUUGAUUGUUUAAUGCAAGCAUGACUUGAUUUGUCACUUUGCAUGUACAGAUUCAGAGAUUUCCUUCUCUGUGAGAAUGUGUAUUAUAGGUGGCGUAUUGCUAUAAUGUGUUUCACAUUUCAUGUUGUUCCACUUGGGGAAUUUUACUUGUACAUAGAAACUGAUAUGAAAAUAGACACCUUGCCUUGUUGAAACCUAAAAUGUAGCUUUGCUUGUAUUUUGACUUUUUUAUAUG